AUGUCUGUUUCGUGGUCGGAACCUAUGUGGAACCAAUUUAAUGCAUACCAAAAGACUGGUACCGGAAUACCUGCUCCACCAACGACUCACAGCACUCCUCAAACUUUACCAGCACCGCAACUCAGAGGACAAGGAAGACCAGUAGCUGAACCAGUAUCACUGCCUCGACGAUAUUCUGUGUGCCCUAUGCCUACAUGCAGCUUUCCAUCUAUUUGCGUUAAAGUAGCAGUUUAUGCGACUUGUGUUCCUCCUCCUAAUCCAUCAGCAUCCACCAACAAUUCAUGUUCCACACCUGGCCCAUGCCUAACAACAGUUACCAAGACAGCGACUGACACAAAAACUUUAGUAUCAACCAGCACUCAAACAGAGACAAGUACAGCGAUUGCUACCAUAACUAACACGAAGACAACAACAAAUACAGCACUGACCACACAGACUCACACACAGACAGAUGUUGUCACCGCAACUUCAACCUUGACCACUACAAAUACACAAGUAGCCACCAGCACCCAUCACACCACAGAAACAAGCACAGCUGUAACAACAAGUCACCUGCCAGUAACCAGCACGAAGACUCUGACAGCUACAAGUACAAGGAUAGUAAACACUACUGACACUCAUACUCUAACUACUACAGAUGUGAUAAGAACAACAGCAACAAGUACAAACAUUGUGACGAGAACUGCAAACAAAACUAACACACACACCUUGACAACAACUAAAACAGACACAGUGACUAGCACAGGAAUUACAACAAGCACUUUACUUACCACAGCCACUGCAACAAACACAGUUAAUACCACUCAUCUUGCGACAGAAACGUUAACUGAAACUCUUACCACAGUAGCAACCCAAACUUCAACUUCAACGUAUAAUGCAACAAAUGUUAUUACUGCUACAACAACAUCUACAGCCACAGCCACCAGUACUGCUGUUUUGACGGCAACAAGCACUGCUAAGACAACGGAAACACUGACGGCAACCAGUACAGCAGUUUUGACCCACACUUUGACCAAUACUCACAACCAAACUUUAACACAAACUAAAACACUUACGGCAACCUCCACGAGUGUGGUGACCACUUGUAGCGCUAGUUGCUUAACUGUGGGUAAGUGUACGUUUUUCCGAGACGGAGUGGUGGAGAGGUUAAUACAGAUUGGCCAUGGUUUGAUAUUUUCUCUUAAGAAAAGAAUGGCGAGGACACCUACGGAUUUCGCUGUAGAGCUUUUAAUUUUUGCUCAGAUAAUUUUAGCUGUAUGUAAUACAAUUUACUCUUUCUGGGUAUUUUUGGUCCUUACCAUUUUUCCCCUCGAAGAGCUCGCGUCAUAUCGGCCACAAGCUCCAGCCAUGUAAUAUGAAUACAACAGUCAAACGUCUGCGCAUGCGAACGUUGUCACUACUAGGUGGCGUGCUUUCAGGCUGCCAGUACCAAAUUUAUCUCACACGAGUUACAAAAACCACACAAGCUAGAAAGUCACGGUUUUAGAACUGCAAGAACUUUAUUGAUGUAGUCCAAAACGGUAAGGUGAAUCAGCAGGAUUGAAUGAGCUUUGUGUUCAAAAAGUUACAGCAGUUUUGACACAAACGAGUUUCCUUUUCCCUAAUUUAUUUUCCUUUUAACAAAUUUCUAUAAAAGUCUUUUUGGCUCACAAGGCGAAACAGCAGUUAUUUAAUAGUACUGUUUUUUUCCUACUGUUUUCCUUUGCAAUAAUUCGCCGGAAACUGGUGCGUUUCCGGCUGUAAGGAUCCCCUUGCGCAUGCUCGACGUUGGGCCGCUGUGUUUAUAAUGCGUCACGAUAGGAUCAGAAUUUGACACUGUAGAGAUAUUGCUUUCUGAGAACCUCACGUUGGAAUUUUUUUUCUCCUGCCUUGAAGCCAAAGAGGCAUUUUCUUUCCGGUUCGUACUUUUUUUUUAUAAGUGGUACUUGAGCAAAAAACUUUUCCUUUUUUCAUUUGCAGUACCUACUACCACUCCUUUGCCACCUACACCACCUACACCAAAACCACCAGGUAAGCUCAAUGCUUAAGUACGAGGAAAAGGAAUGUUAGUUAGUUGGCCAAAUUUUUUUUGAUUCUGAACGAAUUGGUGGGAAACCUCAGACUUGGAAGGUUUAUUCACGUUUAUUCCUGUUUUAUUUGUCUACAGUUUGCGAACAAGCGCUGGAUAUCGGUGUAAUCAUUGAUGCUUCUGAGAGUGUCAAACUACCUAAUUACAAGCUCUGUCUACAGUUUGUAGCUAACUUGACAGAACACUUUAAAGUGUCAAAGAAGGGAACUCAUUUUGGAAGUAUAGUUUACAGCAGUGAUGCUGAACUGCAAUUCAGCUUUAAAGACAUUCAAUAUCACGACGCCGAAAGUCUAAAGAAAAAGAUAAAGAGUUUUCCUUACUUGAGAGAGGGAACAAGAACCGAUAUAGCACUCGAACUUGCCAACACCCUUCUGUUUUCUGUGCAAGGAGGGGAUCGGUUUGACAAGCCUGAUGUCCUCAUUGUUAUCACAGAUGGGUUAACGGAUCCUGAAAGGAGUAAACCAUACCCAGUGGUCUUAAAACCUCUUGAGGUAAGUAUUGGUUCAUUUAAAGCAUUGUAGUACGACGUAUCUGCUACGUGGAAGCACACUGAAGUGUGAGGGCUCAGUUCUUGAUCGUAAGAGGAGGGGCCCCCAUUUUGUAUUCUUGAACCACUAAGGAAAAAAACUUGACUUCGAACGCAGAGUUGGCCGAUAGGCACUGAGUAAAAGGGAGUUGUUACGUUACCUCUACCCUUUGUUAUCAAAUAUAGUGCUGAUUAAUGAUGUGGAACAAAGUACGAAAGAAAAAGGGGAAUACUUCCGUUUAUGAUUGUAUUAGCUGUAAUUCAACAGUUGUGUAUAAUCUAAACAAGGGCAAGGUACCCAUUACAUGGUCAUGCUGGUACUUCUCUUUCGAGCGUCCAAGUCUGUUGACAUUGACAUAUCCAUCACAUAACGUUUAAUUACCCUUUGUACAAUUGAUAUGUUUCUUUCUACUUCUUGUUAACCACUGUCCCCAUGCAGUUCAUUUUUACCACACGCCUGGCCCUUUUUUUUUUAGUGGUGUAAAUUCCCUUUCGCUUGCAUAAGAUCACAAUGAAAAAAAAUUUUGUAACUAUUUGUCACCCAAAUAGUGUGUUUACUUAGUGUUCUCCUCAGCAAGGGCAAAUGUUUAAUCUAGGCCAAAUUUGUCAAAAUGCUCAUGCAAAAUUUAAGAAAUUCAGCUUAUCAAAGCCAACUUGAUCAAUACGAUAUUUCUUGUCGCAUCUGUGGAAUAGGCACCUUUUACUAGUUCGUAGUGUGAGUAACGGACCGAGUUAUUUACCCAUUUGAUGUCAGCGCUGAGCGCGAGCGGGAGGACAAAAAGAGAUUCUGAGUUAAAACUGCCUCAGGUAUUUGUUGGGACGUGCUGGUAAAUCUGGCUACCGAAAUUAUCAUGAAGUCGUAUUUAAAACUAAGAUAAAAUAGUUACUCAAAGUUUCAACAUACAAAUUGAAUGAUAAUCCAAAUUGUUCGUAUUCUUUUGGUAUUUUCGUUCAUCAAGGACAAAUUGGAAGCCAUGUAUCUCCAGCCAGAACUCCAUAAAUUUGUUCUUUGGCAUUUCUUGAAAUUGCUGAAAAGUAAAGAAUCACCUACCAGGGUUGGAUACACUGCAUGUUUCUUGAUAUGUAAUAAUAUUCUCUCACUGAAGGGAAGAAAACCAGCAUUGCGUCGCUUCAUAGGAUUGGGAGUUACAAAGAUUACCCUCUCUAUUUCAAUGUUUUAUUAUUCAAUCAUAAAGUAUCUUAAGGACAUGUUCAAUUUCUGAUCAUGUGACAGGAUAAGAAGGUUGUGGUGAUUGCAGUUGGAGUUGGAAAGGAAGUAAAUAAACCCGAGUUGACGUCUAUAGCUAUGGGUGAUGUUAAUCACGUUUUUAUGGUCGAUCAAUACACAGAUCUGGUCAAAAUCAUAAAUGCUCUUCUCGACAAAUCGUGCUCUGGUAAGUUUUUUCGGUUAAAAAGAAAAGAACCCAUAGAUCUUUUAAGAAUUUAAGAUCACAUAAGGUUAAAACAACCACACAAUGUAUGUUUAAUUCUUCACGAAACUAGAAUCUUGCCGAAAUAUUUAUACCGGGUCGAAACAGCUCUAAAAGCUACUUUGGCUAGAUUCCACACAAUCUUGCAUAACUCGAGAGAAUCCCGUGGAAUCAACGUUGGCAUCUAAUUUGUGGAUAUUUAUUUCUUAAAAAUCAGUGAUGAUAGAAAGAACUGGUAAACAGAGACAUGCCUUGAAAAAAACUGAGAACUGUUGAUCAUAUUCUUGCAGUCUUCGCCUGCUAUAUUAUCAAAGAUUUUUUUGGAAAUUGUCAUUGGGAAAGACCAUAUCAUUUUCUUCCUCUUCUUUUCAAGUCUACUUCAUGUUUAAUGAGAGGGUGAAGUAAUUUUUAUUUGACCCACAGCUGCGACACAACCGAAAAUGGUACCGUCAAAGGCUGUUGCACUUGUCAAGAAUCAAGAACACUAUGAUGGUAGGCAUGCCGACUGUAGUAAAGGUCUUGUUUCACACUAAUUCUAAAUAACCGGGUUCGCAUGCUUUUGUUCAAAGCAAAGCAAUCAUCUAGGAGAAAAACCAAAAGGAACCAUAAUCUUGUUAGUGUUUGAUUUUGCAUGUCUCACAUCAAUGUUUAACUCUUGCUCUGAAUAGCCGGUUUUUUCCUCUGUCAGCUGAAGAAGUUCAGAAUUGAACGAGAUAUGUUGGUUAGCUAUCCACCGAUCAGUUAAGAAUGUACUUUCCGUCUCUUUCCAUUUUUAGGUGAGUGUCCUGUGCAAUUCAUCAAAAAAGGCUGUUUCAACGCAAUAAAAAGUCAAAAGCCUUUGCCGAGAUUGAUGUUCACAGACCUCGACGCCAGAGACUCUAAAUUCAGUGGUGUUCCAAUAGACUGGGGAAGCUGGAACAGUUAUCUGCAGAACGUGGUUUGCCGAUGUGCUCAGGUUUCAAAAGCAGAAGGAUUCUAUUACUUCGGGGUUAGAAAUUUUGGUAGGUUUAAGUCCAAAAAGACUCUUUUUAGUAUCCUCGGCCUUUGUUUUCAUCAAGGAAAUCUCUAUUCGAGUAACUGCCCUGAACAAGACUCUAGGAAAGAACAUUAUUAUAGACGGGAAUGAAUUAUCAGGGCAGGAAAAAUAUCGAAGAAACAAAGAACGUUGAGCAGCCGCGAAUGAAGAGUAAAAAGGACGAACGAUCGUAAUAUGGAACGGCGCACAGAUGUGAUAUGAAACGAACAAAGGGUGAACGAACAGUGACAGAUUUGUUGCAAUGUAAUAUGGGACGGCGCACAGAUGUGAUAUGAAACGAACAAAGGGUGAACAAACAGUGAGAGAUUUGUUGCAAUGCUAGAUACUGGACUGAGAAAAAUUGCUCGAGGGCGACCAAAAUACUGUCCAUAUAUGAAUGAUCUUACAGUCCUUACAGUUAAUCCUUUGCACCUUGGAAUACAGCCAUGAAAAAGUGUUUUAAUAGCAGUGGCUGGCUAUUAGACCUACCUGUAUCCUUUUUGUUUAAUUUCCUCAACAAAGUCGCUGCGUAUACAGCUUUUCCGUGGUAAUUAGAGGACUCAGUUCUUUUAGUUUCAAAAAGCCCGGCCUGUCGAAAAUAAACUUUAACUCUACAACACUUUAUUCAAUUUGAAAUUUCCUUUUAUGUGACUGGCUUCAUGUUGAGUCCUUAUCAAGGUAUUGUAUGUUUAGCCUUUCUAUUUUGUAACGUAAAGUACGUUUCCCAACCUUAGUCUACCAAUGGAAAGUCACUUUUAAAGCUAAACUGGCCAACCGUGAAUUCUUAGAAUUAAUCCUCAACUUAAUUUCUACAAAUUUUUCAUUCUGACUGAAAGUUUACGAGAGAAUUCUUUUGAUACCCAGGUGAAUGUUGGUCUGGAGAAAAUUUAGACAUAACGCAUAGUAAAGACGAUUCGUCUGAAUUCUGCAUCUCGAAGGAAUUCGCUGAGUGUGAUACGAACGACAGGAAUGUUUGCGGCGGAAACGCGACUACCACAUAUAUUUACAGGAUGCCUAAAGAAAGUGAGGCCAAGCAAGGUAAAUGUGCAACACAUCGCAUUUUUACGACAAACAUUAAAGAUAUUCUGUUUCUUGAACUGAGUUACCCCUGAGAUCUAAGCAAAGUAAACAAUAUGUAAUGCUUGAUUCUGAGCCAAUUGGAAAUUGGAGUGGUAAACAAGAGCUGAACAACGAUGUGAGACAAAGGUAAAAUGGGUGAUUUUAGACGCCAUCGGGUAGAUUUGAUUGCGAAGGAGUUGGGCAGCUAUUGAUACGAACACACUCGACAAUGUUUUCUACUAAUACCGGCAGUUUAGCCUUUCAACUUAGUUUUCGGGUCACAUUCACUAAAACUUGAAUUUCCUGAGAAAAGUCUCGGAAAUGGCUAAUUAGGGUGUAUGCCAAUUUAUUUGAUGGCCUGAAGCAUUAAUUUGGGGACAUUUCACCCCAAUAGUAGACUAAAAACAAAAGCCUGAAUGCAAUAGGUUGCUCCAAUUGUGCACAGAUAAAUUUCUUUUAGAUUCGAGCAGAUCCUAAGGUAUUCCAUAGAUCCUUUCCACAUUUUUUAUAAAAUUUCGAAAAGCGAAUUCUAAAGAAUUAAAUCUCAUGUUCUCAGGGAAACGUUGCUUCACAAAGUUCAAGAAUGUCGGCUGUUUUGCUGACAUGCAGACCUCUUCCAGGCCUAUACCAGAGCUUAUUUUUACUGACUUGGAUGAGAGCUCAGCCAAAUACAGCGGCCAUAAAGCGCAACUAGGAGAACUCGACACUUACUUGAGUGACCUACUUUGUCGGUGUGCUGAACUUACUCAGGAGCUUGGGUACGAAUACUUUGGAUUGCAAAAUCACGGUGAGACAAACAACAUUAAUGUGCACUCAGUUGCAAGCUUAAGUGUUUAUUCAAAAUAUUUUAUAAUCAAUCAAAUGAAACAUAUAACCGGUGGCUUUUUGACGUAUUUAUUGUAUUGUUUAAAUACUUUUUAGGCGAGUGUUACUCGGGACCAAGUGUUCAGCAUACCUACAGCAAGGAUGGUUCAUCAAAAAAAUGCAUCACAAGAAAUUUCAAACAAUGCCCAGCAGGAAAAAAGUACGAAAAUCGAGACAGCCAGGACUACUGCGUGGGCGCGCAAGGCGCUAAUUAUGUUUAUCGUGUCUAGGUCAGAUAUCUCGGACUACCUAACUGGCAACUUUGAAGAAGACACAGUUAAGUUAUUUCAGUCGACUGAUCCAGAAUUUGACGAAGAUUACGAUCCUCUUGUUGUUCGUUAAGGCGCAAAAUUGAAUUUCUUGAUCUCAUGGAUUUACUAUGGUUACUUCUUUUAAAUCAGAAACCCUUCAUCUUAUUCUAAAAAACGAACAGCUGCUCGUUUCAGUUAUGAUGAAGAGAGUUACUUCUGUAAAUUAUUAUCCGACCUGACUAGAAUAAUAUAAGGUGAAGUAAUGCUACGAUGAGUAUUAUCCAUCAGUACAUAUCUAAGGUUGUUUUAUGAAUUUCAACAGGAAAUCAUGCACGCUCAUUGUCAUGAAAAACAUAGGUCAGUGUUGCUGCCUGUGCGGCUGGAGUAACUGCAUACUCGAGAUCGAAGGUGUUCAGUUCAGUUACCAAGUGAAUUAGCCGUAAAUAGUAAGGCGAGAAGGGC